AUGAAAGGCGUCUCCUCGGCGCCCGGAGAUUACGUCUACUUCAAAUCUCAGGUUCCUCUUCACAAGAUUCCCAUUGGGACAAAGCAAUGGCGUUACUAUGACUAUGGUCCAAAGACUGUUCCUCCGCUCAUAUGUAUUCCUGGAAUCGCAGGAACUGCAGAUGUUUACUACAAACAGAUUAUGUCACUCUCCAUGAAGGGUUAUCGGGUUAUUUCAGUUGACAUUCCACGGGUUUGGAAUUAUCAUGAGUGGAUUCAAGCAUUCGAGAAAUUCUUGGACACCAUUGAUGUUCAUCACGUGCAUCUCUAUGGUACCUCCCUUGGAGGCUUCUUAGCACAACUCUUUGCUCAUCACCGUCCAAGACGGGUUAAAUCAUUGGUUCUGUCAAAUACAUAUUUGGAUACUGGCACUUUUGCUGCUGCAAUGCCAUGGGCUCCUUUUGUUAGCUGGACUCCUUCUUUUUUGCUGAAACGAUACGUCUUAACAGGAAUACGUGACGGACCUCACGAACCCUUUAUCGCUGACUCUGUCGACUUUGCUGUUUCUCAGGUUGAGACAUUGUCAAAAGAUGAUUUGGCUUCCCGGUUAACUUUAACAGUCGAUACUGCUUCCGUGGGAUCUCUACUACUCUCUGAUUCGUUCAUCACUAUAAUGGAUACAAAUGAUUACUGCGCAAUUCCACAACUUCUCAAGGAUGAACUUACAGAGAGGUAUCCCGAAGCAAGGAGAGCUUACUUAAAGUCGGGAGGAGAUUUUCCAUUCCUAUCACGGCCUGAUGAAGUCAAUUUGCAUCUACAGCUGCACUUAAGGCGGGUAGGAGUAGAACCACGGCCCGAAGUGGUUAAAACCAUUUCAAAUGACGGCGCAGAUGGCACUGACAGUAACAGCCAGAGCAAGAAGAAGGCUGAUGAGGAGAAAGAAGACCGUAGCAAUAAUACGCCUCAAGGCUCUGGAAGCUCAGAACAAUCACCGACGCUUCCAGAAACGAGUCCACUACAGCCAGCACUCUUGUGGCUUAAGAAGCAUAGAGAGUUGGUCAAAAGUCCUCAAGAACAACCAUUAUACCUAAAAAAAAAGUAA